AUGAAGCUUUCAGUAAUGGUAAUUCUGAACAUAACAUGUUGCUGUCAGCGUUACCACCCGUUCUUUCUACUUUUACAGCUUUCCACUUCACAUCAUCUUUACAACUUUCACCUUCACCAUUCUCCGCCACAACCACCACCACUGCAUCCACAUCUACCACCAACAACACAUCAAACCACCAACUCCGAUCUAUAAUCUCACAAAUCUUUCACCUGUUUCAAAUUAACCAAUCUCAAAUCACAUGAUUUACAACUCACAUCCCUAAUUUUCCGGAAAAUGUGCUCCAAUUAAGUUACACGAUCUAUUACUCAAUCAAUCGAUCUGGAAUCUAUGAUAUGGCUGAGAGUGAAUCUUCUUCAAAAGGAGAAAACGACAGCAGGAGUAGUAGUAGUGACAGAUGUUGCGAUCAGAGCUACAGUCUCAGUGCUGACGUCAGCGAGUCUGAAAGCUCCACCAGUAUCUCCGGUCGCCGUUCUGUUUCCGUCACCGGUUGCGUGUUUCCGUUCACCUUCCCGCUGUUUGGCGGGAAGGAUGAUGACGUGAUGGUUUGGGAAAAGAAGCAGAAUAAAAAACAACCUGAUGCUGAUAUAUCUGAGAUUGACAUGAUGAAGGAACGAUUUGCUAAGCUUCUUCUUGGUGAAGACAUGUCUGGAGGAGGGAAAGGAGUUUGUUCAGCCCUAGCGAUCUCAAACGCGAUAACAAAUUUAUCCGCCUCUGUGUUUGGAGAACUGUGGAGGUUGGAGCCGUUGGCGCUGCAGAAGAAGGUAAUGUGGCAAAGGGAAAUGGAAUGGCUUUUAUCCGUAGGUGAUUCCAUCGUAGAUCUUGUGCCUUCCAUACAACAGUUUCCAGGUGGAGGCACUUAUGAAGUAAUGGUCCCGCAUCCACGGUCAGAUAUGCAGAUGAAUCUUCCUGCUUUGAAGAAGCUUGACGCUAUGUUAAUUAGUAUGCUAGAUGGAUUUUGCGAUAAGGAGUUCUGUUAUGUUGAUCGUGGGAUCGUUUUAGCUCAAGGUGAGAGUUGUGAUGCGUAUUCAUCAAAUGUUUCAUCUGGAAGACCUUCAGUUAGGCAGGAAGACAAGUGGUGGUUACCUUAUCCUAAGGUUCCUACAAAAGGGUUAUCAGAGGAUGAUAGAAAGAAGCUGCAGCAGUACAGAGACUGCACCAAUCAGAUACUCAAGGCAGCAUUAGCGAUAAAUAGCAACGUACUUGCUGAAAUGGAGAUUCCAAACGCUUACUUGGAAACAUUGCCCAAGAAUGGAAAAGAGUGUUUAGGUGAAAUCAUGUACCGUUACAUAACUGCAGAAAAGUUCUCCCCAGAAUGUCUUCUCGAUUGCCUAGAUUUGUCAUCAGAACACCGUACUCUGGAAGUAGUCAAUAGGAUUGAAGCAGCAGUCCAUGCAUGGAGGAUAAAAGAGCAUAAAAAGCAUCCAAAAAGUAAGCAUUCAUCGUUGAGUUCCAAGGUCAAAGGCUUAGUCUCUGAUGGUGAUAAGAACAGUUGCUUAUCACAAAGAGCAGAGACCUUGUUAUGUAGCUUGAGACUUCGUUUUCCUGGUCUUCCACAAACUUCAUUGGAUAUGAGCAAAAUUCAACAUAACAAGGAUGUUGGGCAGGCGAUUCUUGAAAGCUACUCAAGGGUGAUGGAGAGCUUGGCGUUUAACAUAAUGGCAAGAAUUGAUGAUGUCAUCUUUGUAGAUGAUGCUACCAAACGGUGUGUUGCUUCAGAAUCCGUGUCAAUUUUCAACAGAGGCGGCCUUCCCAUUCAAAAGCGGAUGGCCCCUAGUCCGUUUUCAAUCCAACAUUCACCCUUUUCAUCUCCAUUUGCCACUCCAACACGCUGUUUAUCUCCACCGGGCCUCAUAAAGAAUGACAGUCAUUUUAAGGCUGCUGACCUGGGUAUGCCGUGGACAUAUGCUGCCGGGAAAGUAUCCGCUAAUGCUCCAGAGCGUCAUUAAAUUAAUGACAUAUAAGACAAGUGUUUUUUUAGUGUCUGUGCAUGUUGGUUUACUUUGCACCACUAUUUGAUGUUCUCAUCAUAUGCUAUCUUGUUAGUAUUAAGAGUAGUAGAUUAACGGCGUACUUUUAUUAAGGGUAUGUUCUUGUAGGGUAAGUUAAUUGACAGUUCGAUACUACUAAGUAACCUUAAGAUGAAGUUUGUAUUCUGCAAUGGGGAGUUCUAUGUCUCCGUGGUACCGGCUGGGUCUGUAAUGGUAAAUGACUAGAUUUAGAAAGACAUUGCUGAAGGUUGAUUGGUGGAGAUUAGGAGGGCUGAUGAAGUUUUGUGUUUGGUGGAUAUUAGGGUUGCUUAUUGAGCAUGCCGGGCCAGUUUCAAGUCGGGCUCAGGUUCGAAGUUAAACUAGCCAGCUCGGUUCGUCUUGUAUUUUCUUUUCAAUUGUAUGUUGAUGUUGGUUGAUUAUGACUUCACAUGUCUUUAAACAAUUUGUAUUAGGUUCAAUAAUAUUUCAAUGGUGUUGGGUU